AGACCCUGCCGCUCGUCCUAAUAACCGCCGGUGGCGGCGCGUGCGUCGCCUUCCCUCGGCUCACGCGGACAGCCCGCUGGUGUCCUCGUGACCCACGUGCGGGGGAGGAGCCUCCUUUGAGGGGGAAGAAUCUCAACGGCGGCGGCAAAAGCAACGGCAGACCUGAUAAAUUCCUCUCGCUCGCAGCCGGCGCCGCUGUACGCCGCGCUCUUUGCGUGACGGCUUAAUCCAGCUGAUUGGGUGGUGUGAGAUAGUAAUUGAGGGCGGCUUUGCGCUACAAGCGCAGCGCAGCUCCCCCUACUCGCCGCCUCUCCCUCCCUCAGACUUAUGUUUACGUAAACGGGACGUGGGGUGUCAAGGAGACGGCGCUGAUUGCGUAAGCGAGGGAACGGGAGGAUAGAUAGGUCGAUGCGGCUGUGACAGGAGUUACGUAACAUGCGUAGGGAGAAGAGGGAGGCGGGGCGGCAAAGCGCAGUACUGUCUCCUCGUGACUGGGCGGGCCUAGAGAGCCGCCAAUACGCUCCUCUUGCCUCCCUCCUGAAUGGGCGCCUGUCGCCCCGCCUGUGCUUGCCGGCCCCACCUGAGGGCGGGCUGGCCUUGACGUCACCGAGCUGCCGGAGCCGAACCGCCCCCUUAGUAUCGAGGCAGCUGAUUGGCUCCCCAGUGUUUGCGGGGGAGUCAAUGAGAGGGCGCGGUGCAGCCUAGGCCAAGCAGAGACUGAGAGAGAGAGACUGAGAGCAGGCAAGAGGGCGGGCGAGGAAGCAGCGGUGGCAGGAGUGGGCCAGGCCCACGGGCCGGGUGAGUGUGGCGUUCCUCCCACCACCCGAGCCCCCCGCCCCCUCUCCCUCCUGGCGGCAUUGCAGUGAAUUCCGCACAGAUCUGUAGGGCCAGAGGUCCCUCCCGCAUACCAGCAAUAUCCCACAGGGCCGCCCCUUCACCCCUUUAAAUGGCCAUAGCAGUGGCACUGAAAGGAGGGGAACAAGGAGCUCCUGAAGGGUUGUGUGUAAAACUCUCAGGAUCGCCUGGGGUUGACACCAGUUUUUUCCAUUCCUGGUAUGAUCUCUCGUCUCUGCUGUUUAGGUACUUCUGCAUGCCGCAGCAGACGUCUCCCUGCUCUUUUUGUUCUUCAUUUGUUCUUCUUUUUGUACCUCCAUUAUAGGAACUCAUAUGGUGCUAUGCAUGACUUUACUCCCUUUAUCCUCCCAGCAACCCUGCAAGAGGCAUUAAAAUAGUACACCUUAUCAAAAUGCCCACUAUUAUUACUACACACACACUCCUAAUCUCCUAUCUACUUUUCCUGUUGUUCCCUUAUCUUUCUUAAGACAUGAUGGUGUCUUCCAAAUAUUAAUAUUCCUUUCCUGUUUUUAUUUUUUAUUUUAGGCUGAAACAACUAUCCAUUUAUAUACAGUGUUCAAACACUGAUUUCCUCUUUUCUUUUAUAAUCUGUCAUGGUUCUUUAACUCACCUUGGUUUUUCUCUCCACCUUGCAGGCGAAAGCUUGCAGUUACCAUGGAAGAGGAACUGCCUCCCUCUUUGUUCUUCCAGCAUCAGUACAUGUGCUCGGAGUGUGGACUCCUCUACAAUACUUUGGAGGAGGUACUGAUCCACCAUCAGAGCCACCUAGGCGAGCCCUAUGAGCCUGAAGCUGCUGCCACUGUUGUAGACACAGGGCCCCAGCAGGACAACCGCUACCAGUGCCUGGAGUGUGGCUGUGUCCUGUGGUCACCUGACGAACUGCUAGCCCACCAAGAAGUGCACCCCAGAGAGGUGCCAACCCGGCCUCAACCUCCACCAGCUACCAGUGGACAGAUCCGCUACCAAUGCAAUGAGUGUAAUGAACUCUUUCCUUCUACCAGCCUAUGGCUAGCACAUCGCCAAACGCACCAGAAACAAGAGGCUUCACCUGAGGCCCCCCUGUCAGCCCCACCAACCUCCCAGCCAGCUCCCUUGCCUCCUCUCCAAUCAUCUGUUCCACCACCUUCCCAGCCAGCCUCCCCACCACCCUCUCAGGCAUCACUUCCAUCACCUCCUCAGCCAACUCCACUCAUGCAUCCCUAUGAGUGCUCAGAGUGUUCUUGCCUCUUCCCAACUCCUGAAGAGUUGCUGGACCACCAGGGUGAACACUUUACUGAGAUUGAGAAAGAGAGCAGUGAGCCAUCUGAAACAGCAGCUCAGGAGAUUUGCAGUCAACGUGUGUCCCCGCUGCCAUGCCCUGAAGAACCCCCUGCUGUGCCUCCACCUGCUCAGGCCUUCUGUUGCAGUGAGUGUAAGCAGGCCUUUGGGACAGUGGAGGCGCUGCGGAGGCACCAGCAGGAGCACAUGGGGAGCAGUGAAGAGUUUCUUUGUGGCGAGUGCCAGCGUGGUUUCACAACAGCCAAGCGGCUGUUGGCUCACCAGCGAGUGCACGUCGAUGGCACGUACGAAUGUCCCAACUGCAACAAGAUAUUCAAAAAGGCAGCAUCCCUUGAGCAGCACAUGCGCAUCCACAAAGGUGAGGCACUCUACCUCUGCGUGGACUGUGGGCUUGGCUUCUCUACUGAGAUGACUUUGAUCAUGCACCGCAAGAGCCAUACAGCCAAUCCCCUGCACCGCUGCCACUGUGGCAAGACUUUCAGCAACAUGACCAAGUUCCUUUACCAUCGGCGCACACACGCUGGCAAGAGCGGCAUUCCACCCACUCGUGGGGCUGGGGAUCAGGCACCCAGCCAACCUCCUGAACCAGCGCCCAGCGACAGAGAAUCAACUGUAAAUGGCUCAGCUUCCCCUGCCGUCGCUGCCUCCUCCCUGCCAGGGACAUCAGUAGAAGUGCCCAGUGCUGGGUUUCUGUGCCCUCAGUGUGGAAAGGCAUUCUCCACCCACAUCCGGAUGGUGCGGCACAAACGGGUGGUGCACGUUCUGGAGCGCAAGCACAAAUGCCCCACAUGUGGCAAAAAGUUCAAGAAGCUGGUGCAUGUGCGGAACCACAUGCGGACACAUACUGGUGAAAGGCCGUUUCAGUGCUCUGAGUGUGGCAAGACCUUUGUCUCCCAGGCAAACUUAGCGCGGCACCACGUGACACACACUGGAGAGCGCCCCUACCAGUGCCAGGUGUGUAAUAAGCGCUUCACCCAGUCCUCUAAUCUUCGCCAGCACCGCCUCUUGCACAUGGCGCCUAACGGAGAGGGGCCUCACUCCUGUGAAGACUGUGGAGUAGCUUUCUCCCGAGCCCAUCAACUGGCUCUGCACCGGACCGUGCAUACGGGGUGUUUGCCCUUUCCUUGCCUAGAAUGUGACAAAUCCUUCCCACGCCGUCGCCUCCUGGAACUGCACCGGCUCAGCCAUUCUGGGCAUGAGCCUCACCGUUGCCCGGAUUGUGGGGCUCUCUUUGUUACGGCUUCCAAGUUGCAGGAGCACCGCUGCGCUAGGCGCCGCGACCAGGCGACUCUGCAGUCCUUCCUCUGCAUGUCUUGUGGCAAGUACAUGGGCUCAUUGGCCAAGCUGGCGCUACACCAGCUGGUACAUUCGGGCCAGCGUCCUUACCCUUGCCCACUCUGCGGGAAAGCCUUCACCACCCCCAGCGGGCUGAGCCGGCACCAACAGCGCCACGCUGGCCUGCGCCCCCACAAGUGCUCUGUUUGUGCCAAGACUUUCGUGGCAGCCUCUGGGCUUCAGCUGCACCAGCGUAUCCACACAGGGGAACGCCCUUUCCCCUGCCCCGAGUGCGGUAAGGCGUUCCGGCAGGCUACCCACCUGCGGGAACACCGGCGCCUUCACACUGGUGAGCGCCCCUACCGCUGCCCAGACUGUGGCAAGUCUUUUGUGCAGUCCAUGCACCUUGCUGAGCACCGGCGCAUCCACACUGGGGAGCGCCCCCACCCCUGCCCACUCUGCCCCAAGACCUUCAAGACUCUUUCCAACCUGCGAAGUCACCGCAAGACUCACACUGAACUGGCUUCUAGUCAGGAGGCGCUCCAGUCUACAGGGUCUCUCGUGGCUACUGGCCAGCCCACCCAGAUUAUCAUGUGCACGGAGUUUGGGGAGGCUAUUGCUAUCAUUGAAAGCACUGAGCACCUCCCCUUGGUAGAAACUAUAGAGAUCUACCAGACGACACUAGAAGGCAACAUUUAGGUGACUGCCUUUGUUCAGGGACUGAGCAACCACAGUCUCUUCUUUGCUCAAGGGCUACAGGUCAGCAGGAGGGAGAGUACUGUUCCCUUUCCUCCAUGCAUCAGUUUAGCAUGGUCUAUCGGUGACAGAGCCUGCAGACCAAUCUCAGUGCCCUGAUGCAAUCUGUUCAGUUUUGUGGUGGGACCUGGCUCAUAGCCUCACCUGGAGGUUUCUUGAGGCAAUGCCUUUUUUGUGUGCAGCGGGCAGUGCUGUGGAAUGGCGUCAGACUGCUUGUCUCUGCCACAACUUACAUGUUUAUUGUAAAUUAAAGCAAAAAGUUCUGUUGUACUGUUAAAUUAUUCCUGUUGUGUCUCUUGAUUAUGAGACUCUAGGAAUGUGCCUGCCUGCUGCUCGCUUGUCUGUAAAAUUCAACUCUCUAGUAGUGUUCAUCCACUCCCAGGAAAUAGAUGGCAUCAUUUCCUGUUGAUCAGAGAGCAAUGAAAGCAAAGCCUUUGCUUUUCAUGAUGAAGGACUGUUGCCUGAUUUUGAUAGUGGGAAAAUACCUUUUUGAUAAUUUUACAGAAAGAAGGGUUGACACUUGCAGCUCCUCUCACCAGAUGAGCCAUGUUUGUUAAAACUAUCCCUUCUGUGCAACAGGUUGACAUACAGGGUCUCUGUUUCGUUUUGAAGAUGUAACCCUUGCUGAAGGUCUGGUCCAGUUUUAAUUUUUUUCUUAAAUAAAAGUGGGGGAAUGGGAUC